GGCAACCAGAGCGGGAAAAAUGAAGAAGCCAUAUAUACAUAUACCAUACAAUAGAGGAAGUAGGAGUGAGUCUACAAGAGAUGGCGCCAAUCCUUCAAAGCUCUCAGCCAUGGGUUGAGAAAUACCGGCCAAAGCAAGUGAAAGACGUUGCUCACCAAGACGAAGUUGUUCGAGUACUCACAAACACCCUCGAAACCGGAAGCUGCCCUCACAUGCUCUUCUAUGGUCCUCCCGGCACCGGAAAAACCACUACCGCACUUGCAAUCGCGCAUCAACUUUUCGGGCCUGAACUCUACAAGUCUAGGGUGCUGGAGCUUAAUGCAAGUGAUGACCGUGGGAUUAAUGUUGUUCGGACUAAGAUUAAAGAUUUUGCUGCUGUGGCUGUUGGCACUCAUCAGCGUAAGAAUGGUUAUCCUUGCCCGCCAUAUAAGAUUAUUGUUCUAGAUGAGGCAGAUUCAAUGACUGAAGAUGCUCAGAAUGCUUUGAGGCGUACGAUGGAAACUUACUCUAAAGUUACGAGGUUCUUUUUUAUAUGCAACUACAUUAGCAGGAUUAUAGAACCACUUGCUUCAAGGUGUGCAAAAUUCAGGUUCAAACCGCUGUCAGAAGAAAUUAUGAGCAGCCGAAUAUUAUACAUCUGUAAAGAAGAAGGACUCUAUCUUGAUGCUGAGGCUCUUUCAACCCUGAGUUCUAUUUCUCAAGGAGAUCUUCGUCGGGCUAUCACAUACUUGCAGUCAGCUGCUCGCUUAUUUGGAUCUUCCAUUUCUUCAAAGGAUCUGAUUUCUGUGUCUGGGGUUGUUCCAGCAGAGGUUGUGGAGGCACUUCUUAAAUCAUGCAAAAGUGGUAAUUUUGAUUUAGCCAACAAGGAAGUCAAUAAUUUCAUCGCAGAGGGAUAUCCAGCCUCUCAGAUGCUAACUCAGUUAUUUGAGGCCAUUAUUGAAGACGACAUAUCAGAUGAACAGAAGGCAAGAAUAUUCAAGAAGCUGGGUGAAGCAGAUAAGUUGAUGGUGCUGAUGAAUACUUGCAGCUUCUUGAUGUGGUCAGCAAUACCAUGCAAGCUUUUUGUAACAUGCCAGAAGGAUUUGCAUACGAAGGUUAAAUAUUAUAUAGUCGGCAUGUUAAAUCCGGAGGGUCAAUUAUUCUGCUGCAAAGAAAAAGAAACUCAUGAAAUUCUGUAUAAUGAAAUCGGACUUGGGCUCCGUUGUUAACUUGCUUUGUGUAGAAUUGAAUUUUGAAAAAUUAAUCCUCGGUAAUUGCACUC